AUGGAUCCUCUGUCUGCCCUUGGGGCAGUAGCGGCAAUUCUGCAGCUUGGGCAGACAGCCUUCACACUAUCCAAGACUCUCUACUCACUCAACUCAGCCCUCUCUUCAGCUUCCGAAGAUAUUCAAAUCCUAGCCGAUGAUCUCAGGACCUUUUCCCAAUCUCUUACCCUUCUGUCGCGCUUGCUAGAGGGCAGCAGAACCUGGCAUUCGGACGAUAUCUAUGAUCUGACCACGAAAAUCAUCAAAGACUGUGCUGAACUUUACAUUAAAAUAGACAAGAUCCUUGCCAAGCUCGGUGCUCAUGGGAAGAGCAGUUGGAAGUUGAAGGUCAAGUUUGUAUAUAAGGAAGGAGACAUCCGAAAGUUAUUGAAGCGACUGAGGGAUAUGAAGGGGACCCUCGCAACUAUUUUGAUGAGCUUACAGGUUGAUCUUCAAUUGUCGCUGCUGAACAUCUCUAGCCCCAGUAGCUUCAGCUCCAACAGGGCACAAGCAAGCUUAGAGACAUCACGGUUGCCCGCCAGCGUGAAGACGCCAGAGGGUGCACAUCCAGCUGUUGGGUCUAGCGAUUUAUUGCCAAAGUAUACUGCCACUGAGAAGCCCCUCGAGAUACAUCACAGCAAACUCGCCCUCUCAUCAACUCUGCACGAAGAAAAUGAAUUCCAGGAAGCAUGUGGAAUUCUUUCCAACCCCGCUGAGCCAAUGAAGCCAACUAGGUCAGUGGAACCUGCUCUUGAGACGACAUCCAGUCCGGUCAUCGUAGCAGAAAGCUUCAUGAUGAUGACCCCUGCUGAGAGUAUGCCGAGCGUCUCCUCACGCAAAGCAGUAUCAAGGGCAAUAGAACCAGAGACGCGAAGUCAAAAUGAUCCUCCGCCCCCCGAGCAAAGCAUAAUGCAGGUGGACGAAGUCGCAAACGCAAGAACUGACCAUGCAUCCGACACCAGGAGCUUGAAGUCAUCUUCAUCCUCUGAGAGCUUUGAAAGUGCCAGAUCUAUCCUUGAUACGCAAUUGGAAGUCGCUCGAAAGGUCAAGGCUAUCCAGAAUGUACUACAUGCAUUUUGUAUUGCGCUUCAAGUGCUUGGCAAUCUGGUUGAAAGCCGCAUUCCAGAACGGGAGGGGAGCUUGUACUCCUCGGCAAUGGACCUUGAGGCUACACUUGAUGAGUGUAAAAACGAUAUUGAUGGCAGUCAUAUCCGCCAUUUCAAGGAAUAUGGCCAUUGGUAUAUCGCUACCUUUACGGAAGAGCAUUCAACCAAAAUUCAAAGCUUCGGAACCAGCCUCAUGCAGAAUGUUGUGAUGAAACUGCACGAGUACUCCGCUGAGUACGAAGAGCUGCGGCCCUCUAUCUUCCGAGAGAUGUCUGCUUGUUCUGCGAAUGUCAGGCAAAGGACGAUUUCAUACCUCGAUAAUCUUGGUAGAUGCGCAAUAGGGCCGCAACCCAAGUCGGCCUACGGCAAUAUCCAAGUUAGUUUACGCAAAUCUGCUAAUACUGACGAUGUUAUUCAAGUUCCGAAUCCGAGUAUCCACCAAGAGCCCGCAAUUACGACACAAGUAAGUCUGGGCCAGGUGCCGCGACGAGUCUCUCCGGGCUUCUCUCCAACCAGUCCGUUAUACUGUUCUACUCCACCCAACAUGGGACUUCCAACUCCCCCGGGCUUCUUCCCAGUUGGUCCGAGAUAUGGUCCCGCUUCUCCGAGUUAUAGUCCAGCAAGCAGCCCGAAGCUUUCCUCGACUUGGCCAAAUUGGAUCCCGGCUUCCCCGAAAAGGUUUCCGCAAACGCUCACAGGCUUCACCAUAGAAACUCCUAACGGGUAUUUGACUGCCGCCGCCAGUAAUUACGAACAGACUGCGGUCCCAGCGAGAGCUAAUAUUGCCAAAUACCACAAUGCCGGAGAUUCGGCUCAGGGGUCCGCUGCGCAUACUAUGGAUGUAUUACGAGAUUUCGACUUUGACAGCUUUCUCCGCGAAGAAGACGGUACAUGCUCUUUCGAAAAUGGUGAGAAAAAAGCCGACGAUUUAAACACCGAUCUUGAUGUGGAUGUGUCUACAUCGAAGCAGUUUGCUACAAAGAAACCACAGGGAGAUGGAAGUACAAGCGAGACGAUCGACAGUCCAGCAAACUUGAAUCAAAACUCGAGCAAGGUUUCCGAUUCAGCUGAGCGGAUGAGAAUACCGGUAGCAUACAGAAGAGCGCAGCGUGGUUAUCGCAAAAACGUUUUGAGGACUUUGAAAGAAGUACUGCUGGACCAGCUUCAGAUCCGCCUCCUCCAAGUCCUCCUGGGCUCUACGAAGAGCAUCAAAUGGAAAUACAAUAUCAGCAUCCGCCAAUUGCUUCCACAACAAAAGAAACGAGACUUAACAGCCGCUCAGGAAUAUGAGCCGAGGACAAAAUCCAAUGCUUUAACUUUUAAACACCCAUCAACGGAUUAUCCAAAUCAGCCAAUCCUCGAACAGCAGCAGAAGAAACGCAGAACGAUGACAACGCAAGGAAGUGACCAGGUUAACGAAAGCUCGAUAGCCGAAAUUCCUAGCAGAUUCGAGGACUAUGAAAUUCAUUUAAUGCUUCUUGAACAGCAGCUGAAGAAACGGCAUAUGGUUGGUACUCGAGAACAGAGUGAGGUCGACGAAGAAAAUGACGGCCCAAAACUCUUGAGCAGAUCUAAAACUUCUGCUGAAGAUCCGAAACAUGAUCUGGAAUCGGCCCAUGUUCGCACUCUCUCUGCAAAUGACUCGAGUGCGUCUAAUAUACCUACUACGCUGUCGACUACGGGCCCACCGAUCUUGAUUCAUGGUGACAUUGUGCCCCUCCCAUCAUGGGCGCCUCCCGGGCCCGGGCUAGAUCCCUCACUUGAAGACAACCCCCAUGGCACCGACUACGAACUUCAGCCUCGCGGCAUGGAGUCCUUCACUUCAACCCCUGGGAUACCCAAAAACAGCGAGCAAGCUCCAGAUAAUACUAGAGCAAGCUGGAAGUUUGACUACUCCAAGGAAGCAUAUCAAAAGCGGGUCGACUUGCUAGGGAAGCUACGAUACCAAGGCAACUCAGAAGCUGACAUGUGGGAUAAAACGCAUGAUAGCACCCGCGAUCGAAUAAGCGAAGAGGAGAAGAUAGCGGACGAAGCAGUUUCUGUGCUGCUAAAGCUAGACCCUGAGCGGAAAUCCAAGUCUCCUGUCCAAAUAUUGGCUGCAGACAAGAAGGCAGUGGCUGACUAUCAGAAGCUGCUCCUAGACAGGAUGAAUUGUCGGCAUAAUCCCAAUAGGAAGAAGAUGUACCAUAUUGGUGGCGACAGGAAGCUUGCUGAGGACUCCAAAGAGCAUACUCUAGAAAAACGGAACGUUUCUGUGGAAUUUGCGGAAUCUGAAGGAGAGUUUGAUGUUCUGAAAAGCUUUGAUUUCGAUGCCUUCAUGCAACAGAAUGAGGAUGUCGACAACUUCAAUGUCAAAGGCAAGGUUCCGACGGAUAAUAACAAUACGAUCAAGGAUCCUGAGUCAUCUCCUAAUACUAGCCCGCUACCCGGUGGUGAUAUCUCUAAAUCCAAGGAGGCUAAUAAGAGGCCGUUACAUGUCAACAAAAAGCAGCUCCACCGUAUUAUGAAGCGACGACUUGCGAGGCAGCAGCUAGAGCAGCAACCCGCAUCUCAAACGCUCGGUUCUGACAACUCUGAUCCUCAAAUUCAAGGACGAUCAGGCGAUAAGCUGAGCCCCCCUCGUGUUCGAUUCACAAUCCCAAACCCAGACUCAGAUGGGAAUAUCGAUAUGAGAGACGACGAACACAGACCACCUUCUCGAAGUUCCCCUUUUCUAUCGGAAGUCCCCAAGCCUCAAACGGUGGCUUUGAACCACUCGCGAAACGAAGAAGCCAUGUCCAUGGGAAAUUCCACAAGUCUGUCGGCUCGAACAGAUAUUGUGUAUCCUCAUAAUCUUUCAACUGUCCAGAUGAGCCGGCUUUGGUGGCAGACCUACACAGCUUUCAACACUGCUGAUUCAAGACGGCAUGCGGUGUUCACAAUGCUCAAAGUGCAACUUAGAUCCGAGUUGGGAUUCCAUGCUUCUCGAUACCCGUCUGAUGAUGAUAUCUGCAGGCGGAUUGUGGGUAAGGUUAGACCGUUAAGUAUCGCGGGCUCUACUUUGCAUGAGGAUCGUCCCGAGAUGAAGGAUGUGCUCAUCAUCCGUGGUGAGAUUGUCCGCAUAAUUAUGACUAUCGACCAAAAGCUUGGUCUGCAGACCGCGACCCUGGGAUGGAGCUGUGUGUGGGUGUUCUUGAGCAUUUUCGGUCAACCUCUCAACCAUACAUCACGCAUUUCACCGGAAGCAAUGUCGCUGUUUCUAAAGGCUUUCAACCAACUCCAAGAGAUCGUCGGCAUUGUCACCCGCUACACCGUAAUGGAGAAUCUCUACCAGCAAGCAAUCAGCAGCGGCACCCAGAUUAGGCUAUCGCUCAAGCCGGAGUAUCAAGCCUCUUUACAGUCGCUCUGUUCGUCUAUUCUAGAGUGGUUUGCUGCUUCUUGCGAGGUAGGUAGAAUUAUAGUCGAUGCUGGUGAUGGAUAUUGGAUCGGGGCAGAUGAGGGAGCGAAGAGGUGUGAGGAGCUGAUGAAGGCCAUUCGGGUGAAGAACAGGGAAUGUCAGAUCUUCAGAGUGGAGGUUGAUGCUGAAAAAGAGGGGGGUGAGAGUUGGACAGAGAGUGAUGAGAUGGAGUCUGAUGAUGAGGAGAGUGGAAGUGACGGAAGCUGGCAGGAGAUCGAUCAAGUAGGGAUCAGCUGA